AUGGCUUGGUCCGAAGAGAGAUGGAGCUUAUUGGUGGAGGUGAGAGACGGUGAUAUCACUCCUUAUAAAGGCUUUCUCAAAAAUCGUUUUUUCUUCACUUUGCUUCUUACAUUCUCCAAUCUUCUUCAAAUAAGUCUCCCCUCAUUUCCUCAUCUUCUACAAAACCCUUUUUGUGUUUUGAUCUUUAUACAAACAUGGAUACCCAAGAUCAGAGCAAAAUCACCACCUCUUCAGGCUUUCUCUUCGUUAAUUUAUGAAAUAGUUAUUAUAUUUCUUAUUUUGAAUUCAAUUACUGUUACGAAAAUGACAUAUUUUAAUGGUGGUUUGCUAUUUUACUUCGAUUUUGCAGGGCAUAUUUUCCAUAGAUGUGGAUGGUCGUUUCAAAAGUCACACCCUAGUUCUAAACAUAGGCGAGCACAUAAGAAAAUCUGUGGAACUAUUGAAGGGUAUCCUAAGCUAAUUGAUUCAGAAGUUGUUUCAGACGACGAUGCACCGGUUUCUAGAAAUCGGAGGAGGGACUGA